AUGGACAUCAAGCAACUGGAGCAGCCAAAAUCUCUACCAACGAAAGGCAAACCUAAGCGCAGCUCAAAGAGGGACCUUAUUGCUUUGGAGCACCAACAGAACGAAAGCAACAAGAAAGCCAAACAAACGUGGGUCGCGAAGCAGCCAAUAUUUGUGCACAAUCCGAAUCUAGAUGAAAAUCGUGGUUUCCGCUCGUUGGCUGUUGCUUUACUUGGAGAUGAAAAACGAUACAUUGAUAUUAAGGUCCGAAUGCGCGAGUUCUUUAUCAAUAAUCGCGGCAAAACUAUCUAUUAG